UUUGGGACAAUCAGCUGGCAGUGCUUUGUUUUGAUUUUGGUGUUCCCUCAAAAAUUUGUGUGCACCUCUUGCCCUCCGGAAAUGGCUGUACCCAAGAUAACAGACUACGAGAUGUUGGAGAAAUUGGGCUCCGGGAGCUACGCAACUGUCUAUCGGUGUCAGAAAAAGGCCACCAAGGAGAUUUUUGCUGUAAAAUGCGUGGAGAAGAAUAAACUAACGAGGUCAUCCCUGGACAAUUUAGUCACGGAGAUAAGACUGUUGAGAAGGCUGAAGCAUCGGCACAUCGUGGAGAUGCAUGACUUCUUGUAUGACGACAAAAACAUUUACAUCUUGAUGGAAUUCUGCAAUUCCGGGAGUUUAUCGAGCUUCAUCAAGAGGAGAAAUGUACUCCCGGAAACGACUUGCAGGUUCUUCCUGAGGCAGCUGGCCCUGGCUCUGGAGUACAUGAGGUCUAAUAAUGUGAGUCACUUUGAUCUCAAGCCACAGAAUUUGUUGCUGUCGAAGACUCCUCUGGUGCUGCUGAAGGUAGCAGAUUUUGGCUUUGCUCAGCAUCUCGAGUGGGGUCAGGAGAAUACCACAAUCAAAGGAUCUCCACUGUAUAUGGCUCCUGAGAUCCUCCUGCGCAAUUGCUACGACUGCAAAGCUGAUCUCUGGAGCAUUGGCGUUAUUCUCUACGAAUGCCUCUUCGGGAAAGCUCCCUACAGCUCAAAAUCCCUUCCUGAACUUCUGGAAAAGAUCCGGCAGAAACAGCGAAUUGACAUUCCGCGAAAUACUCGCAUUUCGCCGGAAUGCGAGGAUCUCCUGACGCGAUUGCUGCAGCACGAUCGGGACAAACGGAUAGACUUCAAGGACUUCUUCCAGCAUGACUUCCUGGACCUCCGGCAUGCGCCCAGUGAGGAGAACUUCGAGCGAGCGCUUGAAAUUGUGCGGGAAGCCGUCGAUGCUGACAACAAGGGAGAGUUUGAGCGAGCUUAUCACCUGUACUGCGAGAGCUUGCAGUUCUUCGUGCCCUACAUCCAGGCUGAGCAGGAUGUGGCCAAGAAGCAGGCCCUCCGGGCUCGUGUACGCACCUAUAUGCAUCGAGCCGAGGAGAUCAAGCACGCCGUGAGCGGAGAAAAAGCUCCAGCCCAGAAUCCCGUCCACAAUGCUCUAACACCGCGCCUGCUGUAUCAGCAGCUUCACUCCCUCAGCCACUCCAGCCCAAUCCUCAAGGAUAGUCUCGAAAUGGGGCGACAGGGAGAGCUCUAUGCCCAUGAAGGCAAAUACCAGGCUGCUCUGGAAUCUCUCAAGAGCUCCCUGGGUGGUCUAGUGCCAGCCUUGGGUCACGAGCCGAAAGGACAGCGCCGGGAUUUACUGCAUCAACAGAUUCAGACGUGGAUGAAGGAGGCAGAAAGUCUAAAGUCCCUUCUGUCUGCUCAGGACAUGCAGGAGGACAAGGACAGCCAGAAUUCCAUCACUCAGACGCACUGCUGCAUCCAGUAAACAUUCCCCAUCUUCAUCACCUUGAUCCACUCAGAAAAAUAAUGUUUUUUAGCCCAAUUUUAAAUAAAUGCUUAUUAAAUUAUUAAUAAAA